AUGACGGCCAAGCUCUCAGCAGAUGCCCAAACGGCGCCUCCUACGGCUGACCAGGCAGACCAACAUAAUGACCAGAGUCUUCGGAAAGUGAAGGCCGAGCAAGACCCCUUGUCAGCCUCGCCGUCCAUCGAUGUCGAGCACAGCGAUGUGGACGAAAAGUCACUCUUGCGCAAGAUCGACUGGCGCCUCUUGCCCGCCGUCGGUGUGCUGUAUCUGCUGUCCUUUCUCGACCGCAGCAAUGUUGGCAACGCAAGGAUCGAGGGCCUUACGGGCGACCUACACAUGACCGGAAAUCAAUACCUCACCGGCCUGACGUUGUAUUUCGUAGGCUAUGUCAUCUUCGAGGUUCCAUGUAACAUCAUCCUCAAGCGGACCACGCCUAGGUUUUGGUUGCCAACCCUGACCAUUCUGUGGGGCAUCGUGGCCACGCUGAUGGGCAUUGUUCAAGACUUGACAGGCUUUUUCAUUGCCCGCUUUUUCUUGGGCGUCACAGAGUCUGGUCUCUUCCCCGGUGUGGUGUACUACUUUUCAAUGUGGUAUAAGCGACGGGAGAGACAAUUUCGCAUCUCACUUUUCUUCAGUGCCGCGGCCCUUGCCGGUUCGUUUGGUGGAAUUCUCGCCUAUGGCAUCGGACACAUGCGAGGGAUUGUGUGGGAAAACGGCUGGCGAUGGAUCUUUAUUCUCGAGGGCAUUGCUACCGUCGUGGUUGCCGUGUUUGCGUAUUGGUUCAUCUACAACUACCCAGACACGGCCGAGUUCCUGACAGCUAAGGAACGGAGUUUCAUCCGGAACCGUCUUGCUGCUGACAGCGAUGCCACCCAUGACGAGCGUUUCACAUGGGGCAACGUUGCCAAGGCGCUCAAGGACCCAAAGUGUUGGCUCUACGGCCUCAGUUUCCACACCAUGAGCCUGCCUCUCUACACCUUCUCUCUUUUCUUGCCCUCCAUCAUCAGAGAUCUCGGCUACACUGCAGCCAACGCCCAGCUCUUGACCAUCCCCCCUUAUGCUUUCGCCUUCUUCACAACCCUGACGGUGGCAACCUUUUCCGAAAAGUACGGGCAACGCGCCAUUCCGCUCAUCGGCUCGGCAUCCUUUGCCAUGAUAGGCUACAUUAUCCUGCUGGCCAACACGGACCCCAAGAGCCGGCCAGGGCUCUCAUAUACGGGAACCUUCUUUGCCGCCGGAGGUAUCUACCCAGCGACGGCCUUGGCGCUGUCGUGGCCGGCCAUCAACGUCUCGGGCCAGACAAAACGAGCAGUCGCCAACGGUAUGCAGAUCAGCAUUGGAAACCUGGGUGCUGUGCUAGGAACACAGCUCUACCGGCAAAACGACGGGCCCCGGUACAUUGUCGGGCACAGCUUUGCGCUGGGCUACUUGGCAGGAAACAUCAUUGUGUCGCUGAUUCUGUACUUGAUUUUGAAGAAGGAAAACACCAGGCGGGAUGGCAUCACGGCCGAGGUCAAGGAGGUGGGCGAGCUGCACGGGGACUGGGACGGCGACGACGACGCGCGGUGGCGUUUUCAGUACUGA